AUGCGACGCAUGUAUGUGGUGAACCGCCGCGGGGAAGAAGAGCCUGUUUCGUUUGACCAAAUUCUAAGGCGCGUUUCUCGGCUUGCCUUUGGGCUACAUCCGCUUGUCGACCCUGCAAGAGUCACCCAAGCAGUAGUCAAUGGCAUGUAUGCUGGAAUCAGGACUAGCGAGCUCGACGAGCUUGCCGCACAAACGACUGCAUACAUGGCCGCAUCUCACCCAGAUUUCUCCGUGCUGGCGGCCCGGAUAUCAAUUGACAAUUUGCACAAAGAUACUAGCGACAAGUUCUCUCAGGCUGCCCGUCAGUUACACUCAUAUAUCGAUAAGAGUGGAAAAGACGCGGAGCUGAUCAGUGAUGAAGUUUACGCGUUUAUCAUUGCGAACGAGGCAAAACUCAAUGCGGCCAUCGACUAUUCUCGGGAUUUCGAUUACGAUUAUUUCGGCUUCAAAACGAUAGAGAGAUCGUAUCUACUGCGAGUUCAUGGAAAGAUUGUAGAGCGGCCUCAGCACAUGCUCAUGCGGGUGGCAUGCGGCAUCCACUGUGGCGACGUCGAGGAGACGAUCACGACGUACGAGUUGAUGAGCAGACGGUUCUUCAUCCAUGCGACGCCCACGCUGUUCAACGCCGGCACGCCGCGCCCACAAAUGAGCAGCUGCUUCCUUCUCACAAUGCAGGAUGACUCGAUUGAUGGGAUUUUCUCCACUCUAAAGCAGUGUGCCCUCAUUUCUAAGACUGCCGGAGGCAUCGGACUCGCAGUCAGCGACAUCCGAGCAACCUACAGUUACAUUCGGGGCACGAACGGCUACUCAAACGGUCUGCUACCCAUGCUCAAAGUGUUCAACGACGCGGCGCGCUAUGUGGAUCAAGGAGGCGGAAAGCGGAAAGGCAGCCUUGCUAUCUACUUGGAGCCGUGGCAUUAUGAUGUUUUUGACUUCCUUGACAUCAAAAAGAACCACGGCAAGGAAGAGCGCCGCGCGCGUGACCUCUUUUGCGCGCUGUGGAUCCCUGAUCUCUUCAUGGAGCGCGUUAGCGAGAACGCGGACUGGACGCUGAUGUGCCCGAACGAGUGCCCCGGUCUGACGGAGGUCUGGGGUGACGAGUUCAAGAGGCUGUACGAAAAGUACGAACGCGAGGGCCGCGGCCGCAAGACGAUUCCGGCGCAGCAUCUCUGGUUCGCGAUUCUGCAGGCGCAGAUCGAGACAGGGACGCCGUACAUGCUCUACAAGGAUGCAUGCAAUCGCAAGAGCAAUCAGAAGAACCUCGGGACGAUCAAAUGCAGCAACCUGUGCACAGAAAUCGUCGAGUACACCAGCCCCGACGAGGUUGCUGUGUGCAACUUGGCUUCCAUUUCGCUUCCGAAGUUCGUCGAUCGCGAGACCCGGACUUUCAACUACGAGCACAUGAAGCAGAUCGUCAAGGUCAUGACGAGGAACCUGAAUCGCGUCAUCGACCGGAACUACUACCCCAUUCCCGAGGCGAGAAACAGCAACAUGCGCCACCGCCCCAUUGGUCUUGGUGUCCAGGGUCUGGCGGACGCGUUCAUGCUUCUCCGCUACCCCUUUGACUCUGCGGAAGCGCGAGAGCUCAACCGCAACAUCUUUGAGUGCAUCUACUACGCCGCCCUUGAGGCAAGUUGCGAACUGGCGGCUGCUGAAGGCCCGUACGAGACGUACGAGGGCUCGCCGGCGUCUGAGGGCUUGCUUCAGUUCGACAUGUGGGACGUGACGCCGUCGAGUGGACUCUGCGACUGGGCUUCGCUGCGCGAGAGGAUCAAGAAGCACGGUCUGCGCAACUCACUCCUGGUUUCCCCGAUGCCUACGGCUAGCACGUCGCAGAUUCUUGGAAACAACGAGGCAUUUGAGCCGUACACCUCGAACAUAUACUACCGCCGCGUGCUGAGUGGAGAGUUCUUCGUUGUGAACCCGCACUUGUUUCGCGAUUUGCUCGAGCGCGACCUGUGGACUGAGGAAGUCAAGCAGCAGCUUAUUGCGCACAAUGGAAGUGUGCAGAACAUGGAUAUCAUUCCCGAUGACUUGAAGGCCCUGUACAAGACUGUCUGGGAGAUCAAACAGCGCGUGAUUCUCGACUUGGCGAUCGACCGCUCGCCGUACAUCGAUCAGUCUCACUCGCUCAACAUCCACAUGGUGAACCCCACAUAUGCGAAACUGUCCACGAUGCACUUCUACGGCUGGAGAGGAGGCCUGAAGACCGGGCUGUACUACCUCCGCACGCAGGCUGCUGCCGAUGCUAUCAAGUUCACUGUAGCCUCUCAACUGCUCACGAGCGUGAAGUCAAACCAUCAGCGCCGCGAGGGGCUGGUUGCCUCCUCACUGGUUUCUUCACGUGGCUAUUCAGACCGUUUCCGAGAGCCACAACGCGCGCCAACGACCGAAAGCAGAACUCCUACGGUUCAGCCACCAGGCGGUUCUCAGCAGACAGACGAAUUCACGGGACACCAGGCGUCUGACCACCUGCAAGAAAACGAACGACAAAACCACACUCCGAGAAACAACAGCAUUGCAAGAAGCGUAUCAGCAGAAAGCGAAGAGCACAAUUCCUGCAAGAGUAGCGGGCCUCCGGUUGUCUGCUCGUAA